CUAACCGUCACAUUGCCUUUUCUACGCUGCCACCACCAUGUCGUACUCGGGCCUCGCCUCUUUGCAAUGGUACUUUACGGGUCUCUGCCACUAUGGCGCGCGCGGCUACCGCAAGGCGUCGGCCACGUGGAGCGAGACGCCCGUUGACGUCUCGUCGCGCCACUACGCAGUGACCGGCGCCAACAGCGGCCUCGGCUUUGCGAUCGCGACCCAGCUCGCGCAGCUCGGCGCGCAUGUGCAUCUGGUCUGCCGCGACGCGGGCCGCGCCGAGGCCGCGCGCAAGGCCAUCGUCGACGUCUCCUCCCACGACCCGAGCAAGGUGCACGUGCAUCUUGGCGACCUCGGCAAGCAGAAGGACGUGCACACGAUCGCCGCAUCGCUCGCGGCUGCUGCGCCGUCGCUCGACGGUCUGGUCAACAAUGCCGGUAUCCUCGUCAAGGAGGCGGUCUUCACCGAGGACGAUGUCGAGUCGUCGAUGGCGGUUGCGAUCAACGGCACAUACCUCCUCACGGCGCUGCUCCUGCCGCAGCUGCGCAACCAUGAUGACGGCGCGGUUGGCCGCGUCGUCAACAUGUCGAGCGGCGGGCAGUACCUCGGGACGCUCGACCUCGUCGACGUGCGCGGCAAGACACGCGCCGGCGACAAGUUUGACGGGACGCUGGCCUACAUGCUGGCCAAGAAGACCCAAGUCGCGCUCACGAUGGAGUUUGCGAAGCGGUUCCCGCUCGGCAAAGACAAGGUUGCCUUCCAUGUGAUGAACCCGGGCUGGGCGACAACGCCCGGUACGACCGGCUCGAUCGGCGGCUUUACGCGCCUCCACGGGUGGAUGAUGCGAACACCCGAGCAAGGGGCGGAUACGGCGGUGUGGCUGUGCACGGCGCCGGAGCCCGCCACGUCAUCGGGACUGUUUUGGCUCGACCGCCACGUGGUGCCCACUGAGAUGUCGUGGGCCUCGACCGCGCACACGGAGGCCGACCGCAGCACGCUCUGGGCGCGCGUGGCCGAGAUUUGCGGUCGCGACGCCAGUUCUGCGUGAGCUCGUGUGAUCUUGUUCUCCUAUUUUAACCUAAUCAUUGAUGCAUUGAUGCGUAUUCGCCCGGAGGACA